UUUCUGGUCACAAAGGAUGGAAACUCCCCUGUCUCUCGCAGGUCCUUUGUGUCCCCAUGAAAGCUGUGUUUAUGUAGUGGUGUGGGUUAUUUCCCCAAACCAAUCACAUCGUGACUAAGACGAGGCAGGAAGGAAAAUGCUUCAGGCUGCCUACCAAUCACAAGGAAACCCCUGCAGGAAAUAACUGACAAGAGUUGGAAGACUUCAAACACCCUCUGCAGAAUUCAGGGAAGAGAAAACUCAUUGACCUUUUCUUCUUACUUUGACCUUCCAUAUGUCCUUCUCGACAUACUUUCUAUCAUCUCGUAACAACUGACAAACCGGUCCGCUUCUUCCGCCACUUCUCUUAAAAACAGACUCAACCUACCCAACUCGUGCACAAUUGUAGUAUCCAGUACUUUCACCCUCCGUCAAGCUACGUGAGGAAAAGAAAAAUGCUGUACAGGGAUUUCUCGCCUGCAGCAUAUAUGUUCCAUUUGUGAGGAUGUCAACCACGUGGAGCUCCAAGCUACGGAUUGGGAUGUGUUUUCAGGAAAAAAGGGAUUGUCGUAACAAUGUCGUCUCUCGAGUUGUGCUGGCCAGUGCCAAUGCGAGCCAUUGGAGCACAGAAUCUUCUUACGAUGCCUGGAGGAGUUACUAUAGCAGGAUACCUCCACAAAAAGGGAGCCAGCCAGUUUAGUCUCAUGAGAUGGCCAUUGAGGUAUAUCAUCAUCCACAAGGGCUGUGUGUACUACUUUAAAAGUAGUACUUCUCCUGCACCACAGGGGGCGUUCUCUCUAAAUGGUUACAGUAGAGUGAUGAGAGCAGCAGAGGAGACAACAUCCAACAAUGUUUUCCCAUUUAAGAUGAUCCACUUCAGUAGAAAACACAGGACAUGGUUUUUCUCUGCGGCUAAUGAAGAUGAGAGGAGGAAAUGGAUGCGAUCCUUGCGACGGGAGAUUGAUCAUUAUAAUGACAGAAAAGAGUCACAUAUUCCAAGUGACUCUGAUUCAGAUGCAGACAGUUUCUAUGGAACCAUUGAGAGGCCUUUGGACAUUAAACACCCGAUCAAUAAUGCAGACGCUGAUUAUGGUGAGGAUGAUGAUGAUGAAGAUGAGGAAGACUAUCUGAAGCCAGAUGGUGACUGUACGCCAACUGGUCAACCCACUGCGCCUCCACCUUCUUACCCCCCUCCUCCAGUUCCGAUGAUACCCCAGAGAAAUCUAGUAUCCUGUUCGGACAUUCAUAAAAGCAUACCUCCUCCAGUCCCAUCACACAACCGAUUCCAAACCGGAGCAAAUCCCAAAAGAACAUUGCCAUUGAUACCGCCUCCCUUUCUGAAGGACCCAAACAAAGGACCGCCUCCUCCUCCUCCCCCCUUCGCCGCCCAGAUGCACAAUCACAACUCUGCUACCCCACCACCCCUUCCUCCCCCAAAUUCACAGCGACCUCUCAGGGCACAAUCUGUGAUCGACCCAGGGAUUGACAGAAGACACUUGAGGCCUGCAUCAGCUGUGCCAGUCCAAUCCACCAUCAGCCUGCCCAUCUGUGACCAGCUCGAGACAAGGAUGAUCAUCAGUGAUUCAGGCCACUGCUCUUGUAAUGUCAUAACCAACAACCACCUUGCACAAUCAAGUAACCUCCGCAGCAAACCUACCCGAUCAGUCACCAAUGCUGCAAAUUUUGAAAGCCCAAACCUAAAACCUCGGAUGACAUACCCCGUGUCGCCAACUCCAACACCUACGAACUACCCACCACUACCCCGCCACCCACCUCCAUCUCCUCUUCUUCAAACUGAACUGGAUAAUAAGCGUACUAAACCAAAAGCUCCACCAGCAGUCAAGCCUCCACUGCUUUUAACAAAGCCCACACAGCCGGGGGCACCCCUUCAAAGAGCAGCUCCAGAAGGUCAAAGUUUCCGUUCAUCUGGAGACACGACCAUAUUGGAGCUUAUAAAUAAACAAGACUGGACCAAGAGUACAGAAGGAGAAGCUUCCGAUGAAGAUUACGAUAAUAUACAUCUGCCAGAGUCCGUUUUCAUUGACUCAACGGAAACCAGCUUUGUAGAGAAAUUAUUUAAGGAGAGCUAUGUCGUUCCACAAGAUGGACUUUAUGGCAUUAGAAACUCUGGAACCAAAACCUCCAAGGUACUGGUGGUAUGGGAUGUCAGCAUAGGCAAAGCCAGAAACUACCGUUUGUUUGAAGAGGGUGACCAGGUGUUUCUCGACUCUGAUGUGACCUUCCCCACUCUUUCAGCUCUGAUAGAACACUACUACAGCCAUCCUCUUCCUCACCAGGGUUCCCUUUGCCUGCAGAAACCUUACUCAAACUAAGCACCAUGUUAACCAGGGAUGAGAACUCGCAAUGUUGAAAUGCUGCUGACUCCCAUGGAGACAGCCCUGCUUUAAAUUCAGCAUUGAGUCAUACCUGUAGAGAAAUAAAUAAGACUUUUCACUUGGGGUUUCACAGCCAUAGUAGUGUAAAUGUUAAGUUGAGGGAAUUGCUUGGAUGAAUAUAGAACUCUUUAGAUGGAGAUAAAAUUGGCAUUAGAAUGAUUGACAUCUCUUUUUUUUUGUUUUGUUUUUUGCUAGUUUAAUAGUCGGUUUCACUCAGUAAGACGAUAAAAUUAAAGCUAGCUAGUCAACUCCAAAGGGAGGCAUUCCUUAGUAUGGCGGCCAAAUGUGAAUUUGUGUCUUGUGUUCACAUGCAGUAUGUCACUGAAUCUUCCUAACAAGGAAUAUAAUCUCUCUGUCCAUUCCAAACUGAAGUGUCGAUGUGUCUGAGCGCACUUUUAUAUAAGUUAAGAAGCUGACAUUGAAUUGGCUAGGACUGUCAUAGAAUGAGCUAUUUUUAUAUACUGUACAUGUAUUUUUUUUACCGGUGGUCAUCACUAUUGAGUGUAUUUAUAUUUAGUAUUCAUGAUGUGUGUUAAGAUGUAAAACAGUGUAUGCAAAUGUAAAAAUGAAUAUUCACAUUUGAGACUGAAUAAGAUGGUCCUGCUGUUGUUUCUUCUUCAAAAGAAGUUGCUGUUUGAAAGUAAAAAGUGUAGAUUUGGGGACUGUCUCUCUCUCUCUCUCUCUGAAAACCUACCAUAUAUUCAUCGGGUUAUUAAAUAUUUGUUAAAAACACCAAAGAGCUUUCAGUUGUUGCUUUGAAGAGCAGACAAAAAAUUUCCAAAAUCACGUUGAACAGUUGGCGGCACGGUGGAACAGCUGUAAAGUGUUUGCCUCACAGUUCAGAGGAACGGGGUUCAAAUCCUGGCCCCGCCUCUGUGGAGUUUGCAUGUUCCCCCCAGGCCUGCGUGGGUUUUUUUCGGGCCCUCCGGUUUCCUCCCACAUCCCCAAAACAUGCAUUAAUUGA